AUGGUUUGUUUCGGCUUGGACGCCGGCCUUAUGGUCACCCUUCUGGGUGUCCUGUCACACUUCACUGUUAGGGCUUCCGCCGCAGCCCUCCCUCCGGAUGGAAAUUCAGCGCUCACGGCUGGUGACUCCAACGACACCUCGUACUACCUGCAGUCGUUUGUUGUGAAUCAAAAAUAUCACAAGACCAAGCCCAGCUUCGUUUCGUUCACUGGGGGCGACGGAUACGUCACUGAAUCCAUGGCAGACGCUGCCAAGUUCUGGAUAUGGGGAGGACAACUGGGGGUGGGCAACCAGUUUGUUCAUCUGGACUUCAGCAAUGGAUAUGCGGUGGUCCAGCUCGACGACCGCCCCAGCUCAGGAGAUUACACCUUCUUGUACGGCCAGGACGGCUGGCUCCAUGUUCAAGGAGAAGGGAUCUCUUACGGCGAGGGGAGCCAAGCAGUCUUCUGCCAGAGCGAGGAUGGAUCCCUCUUCCUCCAGGGUAAUGGAAAGCCCCCGUUCGCGUGUCAAGACAUUGGGUUGUCACCAAGAGAGCAAACCGGCCCCGCCCCUAGAUCGGUACCACCCCGUCAACACAAAUCUGGGAACCAGCCUCAACAAUCUGCGAUCCCGACAAUGACUACCACCGCCACUCCUAGCAGUCUGCCGACAUGGUUCGCACACCAACUCCAGGCAAGAAGCCCGCAGAGAGGUGGCGGUGGGCGCGGAGGCGGCGGGCGUGGAGGUGGUGGUCGAGGCGGUGGUGGUCGAGGCGGUGGUGGUCGAGGAGCCGGCGGACGAGGAGGGAACGGACGAGCAGGCAAUGGCCCUGGGGGACCUACUCGCACACGCCCCAACCAACCUAAUCCCUCCAGUGACAACGACGCGCCCAACCCCUUCUUGGAGAAGCGAUCCUUCGAAUUCGACAUGGACGGCGACAUUGUGGAGUAA